AUGGCAGAACAGGUCACAACAAUGCUGAUCAAGGUUGACCUUGAAUGUGAGAAAUGCCAAAAGAAAAUCAAGAAAGUACUGUGUAAAAUCCCUGAAAUUCAAAGCCAAACGUAUGACCAGAAGGCAAACACAGUGACAAUAACUGUGGUGUCUUGCUUUCCUGAAAAGAUCAUGAAAAAGAUACGCUGCAAAGGAGGUGAAGCUGUCAAAUGCAUUCAAAUCAAGGUACCAGAGAAGCCGCCGGUUCCAACCGCAGAUAAAAAACAUACACCUGGAAAACCAGACAAAACCCCAUCUCCUGAACCGGUUACAGGGCACCCAGCACGGAUCUACCUAAAGGCAUGUUGUAGUGAAUGCUAUCAAGGGUUUGGUGGAGGUCCAUGUUAUCAUGGCCAUGGUAGGCCAACACCCCAAUGUUAUGGAAGGCCAGUGUAUGGUAGCUGGGGUGGUGGUAGUUGUAGCUGCCGAAGUAGGGGUUACUAUGUGUGUAGAUGUGAAUAUGUUUGUGAAAAUGAUCCCUGCACAAUCAUGUAA